AUGUUUCAGCGCCUCCGCGACGCCAUCGACUCUCGGAUCGCCGAAGAGCAAGCUCGCCAAAAGACCGCUCAAGAUAACCUCGCCCGCUCUGCCUCCACCCGUCGCGCCAAUCCAAACAACCUCUCUGCCGGCCAACGAUCCCGCCCAAGACGACACUCUGGCACUCCCGUCCGCGGUCCCGACCCCAAAGAAUUCGAGGGUGAAUUUACCAUCGGCGAUGAUGAAUCUUCUACUCGCUCAGCCACCCCACGUCUAGAUACUCCUGAUGGCACCUCCGAAGUAGCCACGCCCGUCGACAACGACGGCACUGGUAGCCGCGCUGAGGAAGCGGGUUCCGCUGCUGAUCCGGAAGCAGAAGCCGGAGCUGAGGCUAAGGAUGGCGAUGCAAAGGUAGACAACAAAGCGACAACCGAAACAUCAGCCAAAGAUGCCCUCGCUGAGUCAGAAAAGGAGGCAUCGACCGAACUGCCAGCCGAAGUUAAGGGCAAGCUACGGAGACUCGAUAAGUUGGAAUCUCGAUAUCAUGAACUCCUCAAAGCCUACCGAACCGCCCACUCGCGCGUCCUCUCAAUCGAACCCUUCGAAGCCGCCCUCCGCGAAAACACCCCCCUCACCUCGAUCGGCGAGCCCAAGGCUCUGACCGAGUAUCUAAACACCAUGUCACUCAAGAGCGACAUGGUCCUGGAAGAACUCAAGCGCGUGACAGAGGACCGGGAAGACUACAAGAAAAAGCUCGAGGAAGCGCAGAAAUCGGCCAAGGAUGCAUGGGAUGAGGUUGCGGGGCUGAAGAAGGAGAACGAGACAAAGACCGCCAAAGACGAAAAGAAGAAGGAGAAGCAGGUCACCCCCGACGAAGACAAAGAGACCAGCGAGGAGUUCUUCUCAUUCGACAAUGAGGUUCCCCGUCUCGAGGGAGAGCUCAAAGAGCGGGAGGAGGAGAUUGAGACCCUUAAGACCGAGGUUGAAUCGUUGAAAAAGGACCUUUCUGUUACGCGCGAGUCAACUGAAGGCAUGGUUCAAAAUCUAGAGACUUCUGCGCGGGAAUUAGUGGAGCUGCGCGAUACAAAGGAUAGGUUGGAUGCGGAGAUUCAGGACUUGAAGACUUCGAAGGUGAAGGACGUCGAUGAGUUAAAAGAGAAAUUGGCGUCCGCGGAGACAGCGAUUGAAAAGGCCACUUCUGAAGCUGAGCAGCUCAAGACCGAUCUCAAGGAGAAGAGCGAUCAGAUCGACAAGCUACAGGCCCAGGUUGCCGAAGCUGGAAACUCGAAGAACUCCGAAGCCGACGCUGAAAUCACCUCGCAACUCGAACAGGCGAAGGAGGACAAGGACGCCAGUGAGAAGAAGCUCAAUGUUGUCCAGGGACUGGUGGAGAACCUUCGGUCGCAGUUGAAGGACACCGAGUCAAGUGUUGCGAAUCUGAAGAAGGAAGUCACCGAGAGAUCUGAGACCUCUGCUCAACUCCAAAAGGUUGUCACUUUCGUCGAUGACAAUCUGAGCGGAAACACUGCCUGGAAGACUGCUAAGGAGAAUGUCUCUGCUGGUCGCAAGGCUGACUUUGAGGAGAUUCGGAAGAGCCUCGCUCCAGCGGCGAAAGCGCCGGAGCCUAGUGUCAGUACCCCUGCCGAGGAGGAGACUCAGGCUGCUCCGGCAGCCGCAGCAGCUGGAGGCGGCGGAGGAAAGAAGAAGAAUAAAAAGAAGAAGAAGGGCGGCAAGGCGAACGAGGAACCGGCGAAGCCUGCUGAUGGCACCCCCAAGGAGGAGCCGGCUCAAACAGAGACAGCUCCAGCACAGGCAGUUCCCUCUGCUGAGUUGGACGAGUUGAAGCAGAAAAUUGAGUCGUUGACGCAUCUUCUUGAGGAGAAGGAGGCGGCCAUUGAUCGCUUGAGUUCGAAGCUGAAGGGCGAGGAGGAUCUUAAGGAAGAGAUCGAGAGCCUUCGUGAUGACCUGGUCAACCUUGGCCAGGAGCACGUCGAGUCUAAGGACAAGAUCAAGGAGCUCACUGCCGAGAAAAACGCAUUGGAGGAAACCAUUGCCAAAUUGGAAAAAGAGUUGGUGGAACUCCGCACCAGUAACGAGUCCAGCACAGCCGACUCUCACAAGAUGCACACAAGCCUGAAGGAGGAAUUCGAAACUCUCAAGGUUCGCUCCGCAUCCCUGGAAACCGAUCUUUCGGCCGCCCAGCAAUUGGCAGCAACCCGUUUCAAGGAUCUUACCGAUCUGCGUGAAACCAUCCAGAAGAUCCAGCCCGAAUUGCGUGACUUGCGCGCGGAAUCUUUGGAGCUGAAGAACCUGAAAGAAACCCUUUCCAACAAGAAUACCGAGUUAAUUGCUCUCGAAGCUAAGCACGAGGACCUGCGUGCGGAGCUGCGUAACUCGAAGACCAAGAUGACGGAGCGCGACAACGAAGUCAAGACUUUGAACAAGAAGAUCCGACAGGAGACAGAUAGUCGUCUGAAGGCCGAAGAAAAUCUCACCGUUGCUCAGUCAGACCUACGCUCGGCCGAAAGCAAGAAGACCGAGGCCAUCAAAGCCAAGGAGAAGACCACCGGAGAACUCACCAAGUCCCAGGAUGGCCUCAAGAGCUCUCGCACUAAAAUACGCGAGCUAGACGAACAGCUGGGACAAGUGACGAAGGAACUAGAAGGGCUGCGCGAAGAGAUUUCUCUCAAGACAGCCCAGCACUCCAGCGCACAAUCCUUAAUGAACAGCAUGCGCGACCAAACAACCGAAAUGGCAAUGCAAAUGAAAGAAGCACGCGAGAAGUGCGACAGUCUCGAAGAAGAGCUAGCAGACGCCCACCGCCUCCUCAACGAGCGAACCCGUGAAGGCGAGACAAUGCGGCGCCUCCUCAGCGAAAUCGAAGGCCGAUCCGAAUCCAAGGUUAGAGACUUCAAAGAGCGAAUGGAGGCUGCCGUUGAAGAGCGCGAUCGUGCCGAAGACGAAGCCAGUACCCAAGGACGUCGCCGGGCGCGCGAGAUGGAAGAUCUCAAGGCCAAGGUGCGCGAUGCCGAGCGCGCUCUUCGCACGGCGGAACAAGAUAGAGAGGAACUGGAACAGUCGCAGAAGGACUGGCGACGACGACGCGACGAGCUAGAACUUCUUUCCGAACAAUCGACGCAAGAGGUGGAAGAAGUUCGCGCAGCGAUGUCCGGGUUACGCGAACAGCUUGACGGGAGUGAGAAGCAAGUGCGCGAUCUGGAGAAAGAGAAGACCGAACUCCGUCGCUCGGUCGAAGAGGCAAAUAACAGACUGGAGAAAUUGCGCCGCUCACACAAGACUCUUGGUGAGGAUGUUCGUCUGCGCGGGUCGCCGUCGGGAAGACAGUCUUCGCGAUCCUCGAUGGAUUCCGGUUCCAGGCGUGGACUUGCAUCACCGUCAGGCCAGCAGGAGCGAAGUGCUUCGAUUCACCGAAGCGAGACACCUACGGGUACCGGAAAUUCCAAUGCCAAUGCGAAUGCCGCGAUUGACUAUAUGUAUUUGAAGAACGUCCUGCUGCAAUUUAUGGAGCAGAAAGACAAGAACUACCAAAAGCAGCUUGUUCCUGUUUUGGGCAUGCUGCUGCAUUUUGACCGGUGA